AUAACAGCUAUAGUGAAAAAAAAAUCGUGUCAAUUAAGAAAUAAGAUAAAAUUAGAUAAAAUACUUAAAAAAUUCUGAUAAGAAACGAACGAAAUAUUUGUAGUUAAAAAAUUAUCAAUACUUGUAAUUAAAUUGAUAAUGAGAUAUUUACUAUUGUUCAAUUUAAUUUUUUUUCUGGUCGAAACGUCUUGAAUGGUGAUUGGUUCUCAAUAAUUUUUAGUUAAAAACAAUUGAUUUGUUGUGGUGUAAGCUUUUUUCAGCUCAGAGAAAGAAUAAACCAUGGAUUAUUCAAAAUAUACAUUUUUAAUGAUUAUUGUUAUUAGUAUACUUGGUGUAAUUUUUUCAUUACCUGUAAGUGAAUCAGAUGACAAAAAUACUAAAAAUAAAGAAUGGAGACUAAAUAUUGUUCACACUAAUGAUAUUCAUGGGAGAUUUGAGGAAACAUCAGGCGGAGAAGCAGCAUUACCCUGCAAAGGACAUAUAGGCGGUGAUGGAACAUGUUAUGGAGGAUUUCCACGAAUUUCUACUCUUGUAAAACAAGAAAGAGAAAGAAGUAAAGCAUUAAACAUACCGAUACUCUAUCUCGAUGCUGGUGAUAUUUUUGACGGUUCAAAACUAUUCGAUAAGUACACGGAUAAAAUAUCUUACCGACUAUUCAAUGCACUUGAACCAAAUGCUACAACAUUAGGAAACCACGAAUUCAAUAAAGGAAUUGAAAAGUUAAUAUCUUACAUAGAUAAUUUGUCAUUUCCGGUAGUGACUUGCAAUUUGGAUUUAACCAACGAACCAUCGGUUAACCGGCCAAAUUUACACAAAAGUAUUAUUCUAGAUGUAGAUGGCCACCAAGUUGGAAUAGUUGGAUACACAUAUCCCGGAGCUAGAAAGUUAGGGCACAUCGAAUAUUUGCCCGAAAUAGAACCUAUAAAAAAUGAAGUUUCAAAGUUUAAGAAACAAGGAGUUAGAAUAAUAAUCGGUUUAAGUCACUCGGGUUACAAAUUUGACCAACACGUUGCCGAAGUUGUUGACGACAUAGAUUUAAUAGUAAGCGGUCACUCACACUCAUUAUUGUCUAGCGAUGCACCAGUUGGCACCCAAAUUCUUUCGCAGAUAGUGGAAGGUCCUUAUCCGACAGUAAUUAAUAAAAUGGAAAAUGGGAAAAAUCGUAGCGUUUAUAUAGUCCAGGCUUACGCUUACACAAAAUAUCUAGGAAACUUGUCGGUUGUUUUUGAUGACCAGGGUGAAAUUAAAAGUUUUGAGGGAAAACCUAUUUUGCUGGAUGACAAAAUAAAAAAAGAUCCAAUUCUUUUGGAAGAGUUUGAUAAAUUCCCAGCAGAUCCGAUUAAUUUGACCGUCGUUGGGUACACAAGAGUUCCUUUGGAAGGUUACAUGUACGCUUGCAGAAGGAGAGAAUGCACUCUCGGAGAUGUUGUUGCUGAUGCUCUUAUUGAAUACAAUCUAAACAAAACUGAGAGUAAUAAAGGCUGGACAGAUGCUGCAAUAGCUCUGAUAAAUAGCGGAUUACUUGCAGAUGGUAUGAGCAACGUUAGAAGAAAUCCGAUCGUUCAAGAAAACAUUGAUCUUUCAAUAACUCAUAAUAAUAAAAUUUACAAAAUGGAGUUAACUGGUAAAGAUCUUCGUGACCAAUUCGAAUACAGCUUGCGUCAAAUGGAAAACUACAAAAUUUCUGAAUUUUGGGGCGGAUUUUUACAAGUCUCAGGAAUUAGAGUAACAUAUGACCUGAGUAAACCUGUUGGGUCAAGAGUAAUUCCCGAUUUGUUCUUUGUCCGUUGCGCAGAGUGUGUAUUUCCACACUACGAAAAACUUAUUGAUGAUAAAAUUUAUAAAGUACUUAUGGAUGAAAAUCUUGCCGUAGGAAGAUUCAAUUUAAGUCAUCGGAGAAGCAAAGUUAAUACCACACUAGAUGGUGAAGUUAAAGAUGCGGUACGUUGGUACAUAAAUGCCCGAAGUCCAGUACACCCCGAAUUAGGCGAUAGAAUUCACUAUAUUUUACCUUCAAAGAAUUCGGCAUAUCCGCCCUCUUGCUCGGGGUACAUAUAUUCCAAUUUAUUAAGCUGUACUGAAACAGAUAAACAGCUACCAAAAUUUAUUGAAAAUGCAUCCAAUCAAAGUAGCUCAGAGGAACAAGUCGAAAUUACCAAUGAAAGAAAUUGAAUAUUUGGUUAAAAAUUUUAAUAAAAAGUUUAUUUAAACCAACCACAAUAACCUACUUUUUUUGUUGCUAAUUACCUUUGAUUAAGAACUUUAAUUAGAAUCAGAGAAGAAGGAAGAGGAGGAGUUUCAAUCGGAGUUUUUAAUUAGGGCAA